UGCACCUGCAGACCGGUCUGAAUGGGCAAUGUGGGUCGGAAAUGUGCCGAAGCAUGCCGAUGAAACCGAUCUCCAGACGUUUUUCACGCAAUUCGAAGACCACGGCGUCGUGUCGAUAUUUCUACUGUCCAAGUCCAGCUGCGCAUUCGUGAACUUCGCUAGCGAGACGCACUUGAUCGUGGCGAUCGAGCAAUAUGACGGAAGCCAUCUCCGCCCUGAAUGGUCGACGGGGCCGGCGCUUGUCUGUCGGGUUCGCACUCUCGACGACGAUCUUUGGACUGGAGUCGGCGGACAGCGAGGAAUGGGACUGCACCGCCAGUGGAUUGAGGACCACAGACCUCGAAAUCAAGCUUUCGGUGUCCCGGACGGAAACUCGCCGAGCCCAGCUUCCGACGCGUCAACGACCUCGAGCUUCUUCGAGAGAUACUUUCCGCAGCGCUUUUUUGUUCUCAAGUGUCGGACGAGGGAAGCACUAGACCGGUGUGCUGUGGACGGCGUGUGGUACAUUCAGAAGCACAACCAAGUGGUGCUUGACCAAGCGUUCCGCACUUCUCAGGAGACGAUCCUGAUCUUCAGCGUGAACAGAAGCGGCCAGUUCUACGGCUAUGCCAAAAUGAUGAGCCCAGUGGCACCGACUAUGUCCAUCGGAUCUGAUCCCAUGGCAGACGACACGAAUGCGGGCGAUGAGUCUCCGGGCCUGGUCGUGCGAUUCACAUCGCCUUAUUCGUCCCAGUCAGGUGCCACCCAGUCACACCCAGUGUGCUGAUCCGGCGUGUUUCUGAGUUUGGAGAACUCGAUCGCGUUGGAGCCCGUCAACAUCGAUCCCUCAGCCCCAGGCGAUCACCCCUGCCGACUUCGCAGCAAUCUGGGCCUGAUUCCCAGCAGUACAACCAACCUGAGCCGGCCCUCACACUCAACGACCCAGCGUUCAGUGAAGGACAACUGCGAUCGGCGCCUGAGUUCAGCGGCCAGUUCACUGUCGAAUGGCUGUGCCGGGAGCCUCUGCCCUUCAAACGCACGCGCGGCAUUAUCAAUAGCUGGAAUCGAGGGCGUGAAAUCAAAAUCUCGAGGGACGGGACUGAACUCGAGCCGAGUGCUGGAGCAGCGCUGAUAGAUGUUUGGCAAUCAUGGCUUACCGAGCCUAGUCGUCACCGGCGCAGAUGAAUGUGUCGGAUUGUUCCCUCAGACAACCACUUGCAUAGCUAAACCACACGCGUCUUGCAAGGAGCACGCCUGCUCACUUGUUUGUCUCCCAAUCUCCGGAUAUAUUGUCAUACACGUAUUCUAUCCGUUGUACUAUCCGCCUCACUCCAUGGCUCCCAUACUUCCAAUCUCCAUACUCCAUGUUGCAUAAUAGGUGUUGUCUUCUCUUCCAGUAUGAGUGCCAUAGGGGCCUCGACAGGCUGUUCUGCCUAACUUCCAUUCUCGAACGCCUCAGCUUCGUCGA